CUCAUUUCUCUGAAACAAAACCAUUAUUGUCUCCCAACUUACUUUUACUGAUGACUAUACAGUGCAUUGCUAGACUAAGAUCACGCCGGGUGGUUCAAGACCAACCGGAAGGUUCAGGCACGGCGGAGGCGGGUGGUGGUUGUUGUUGGGCUGACUUGCCUCAAGAAUUGCUAAGGGAGGUCUUGUUAAGGAUUGAAGACUCCGAAACUCGUUGGCCUCAGAGGAGAAACGUCGUCGCCUGCGGCGGCGUUUGUAAGACUUGGAGAUUCGCCAUUAAAGAGAUUGUUCAAGUUCCUCAAAUUUCUGGAAAACUAACUUUUCCCAUCUCUGUUAAACAGCCUGGUCCAAAGGAUAGUCUCCUCCAAUGCUUUAUAAAACGGAACCGAUCAGCGCAUACUUAUUACCUUUACCUCGGUUUAACUAAUGCGCUAACCGAUGACGGAAAGUUCCUUCUUGCUGCUCGCAAAUGGAGGCGUCCAACAUGCACUGAUUAUAUCAUCUCACUGCGCCCGGAGGAUAUUUCUAAGGGGAGCAGUACCUAUGUUGGGAAAUUAAGAUCCAAUUUUCUAGGGACGAAGUUCAGUGUUGUGGAUGGGCAGCCUCUUCAUGCUGUCUCGAAGUUGACUAAAAGUCAAUCGACUAGGUUAGCAAAUUCGAAACAAGUUUCACCUAGAGUCCCUUUCAGAAACUACCCCACGGUGCACAUUUCAUAUGAAUUGAACAUGUUAGGUUCACGGGGUCCAAGGAGAAUGCAGUGUAUUAUGGAUACAAUCCCAGCAACUUCGAUAAAACAAGGAGGAUUAGCACCCACCCCGACUGAAUUUUCCCUCAGCGAUGUCCACAUAUUUCCAUCAAUUCCGAUCUCCAAUUCAAAAUCGGCAAGCAUGGAGAACUUUCUAUCCAAACCUUUCUCUGGCCAGAAGGAUGGAGGUGCCCUGGCAUUGAGAAACAAGUCUCCGAGAUGGCACGAGCAGCUUCAGUGUUGGUGCUUGAAUUUUCAUGGACGAGUGACGGUCGCUUCAGUGAAGAACUUUCAACUCGUGGCUUCUCCCGAUAAUGGACCGGCCGGGCUAGAACAUGAGAAGAUUAUCCUCCAGUUUGGAAAAGUUGGGAAAGAUUUGUUCACUAUGGACUACCGGUAUCCGAUUUCUGCGUUCCAAGCGUUUGCCAUCUGUCUCAGCAGUUUCGACACCAAGAUUGCUUGCGAAUAAAUGAUACAUGAUCAAGAAUCGUAAACAGGUUUGCAUGUAAUUAUCAAAAAGAAUAAAAGUUUCCUUCAUUGCCUGCAUAACUUAUCAUCUUCUAUCUCUACUGUUUUUAGUACAUCUCAAUGUGUAUAAUU